AUGACGUCCAAUGCCGAUGCCCCCGGAGCGGCGCCCAAAGACGAUUAUGUACUCACUCGUGACUUCCUGGAUAACAACCGCAUAAACUUACUGCACUGCCUUUGGGUCAAAAUCUUCGGCUACGUGACUCACCCAAAGAUCCCAAUUCAGAGCGCCAAUCUACGCGUGGCAGAUGUUGGCACCGGCACCGGCAUCUGGCUUUUAGACGUCCGAGAGUUGGCUGCUCCAACCGCCCGUCUCGAAGGCUUCGAUAUCUCCUUCGACGCUGUCCCCCCGGCCGAGACACUGCCAUCAAACGUGAAAUUCAGACACUGGGAUGUAAAGCAGGAUUUGCCUGAAGAUCUUGUUGGCGCCUUUGACAUCGUUCAUCUGCGUUCCUUAUCUUUUGUUUUGUUGAACAGCCAAGUCCCUAACGUGGUUGAACGGCUUUUCAAGAUGCUCAAGCCGGGCGGCUACCUCCAAUGGGGCGAACCUGAUUUUAAAUCGGUCCGCACAGACAAGACCAGGCCUGAAAAUAAGACAGAGCACCUGUCUGAGUUGUUCAAUCUGCUAUCUGUAGAGGACCUGCGAACCAGGCCAACAUGGCUCACCGAUCUGCCAGUCACCUUGUCGACCGCGGGCUUCGUCCAAGUGGAGGUGGAAAAGAUCGACCCCCCACCGCACAUGGCAUUUAUUCUACACGAAGGCGGGCUGAUGAUGUACGAGAUCUUCGGUCGCAAGACGAAGAACGAAAAGAUACGGCAAGAGAUCACUCGGCUGCUUCCUUUGGCAGUUGAGGAAUCGAGGCAAGGGGCCUACACAACCGCGACACGGUGGACGGUGAUUGGGAAAAAGCCGGAGGUAUGA